AAAGCUAUGAAGACUAGAUUCGAAAUAGGACCCCCAUUCUCCUCCCCGCCAGCCCUACUCGCUUACGGCCAAAGGCCGGUCGACGAAGGCGACUGCUCCGUAGGAGCCUCUGACCCAUAUGGGGGGCGCAAUCAGCCACCUGCAUCCUAUUCUGGAUGA